GUCAUCAGCUUGCGACGUCGCGCUGGACAGUGAAGGACGCCGAAUUUUGGAAUGUAAAACACAAGAAGUGUGAAGGUUCUUCUUUGUUGCGUGUGGAACAAAGACGAUCACGUCUGGUCUUCUGUCUGCAGGACGUUGCUGUCAUGGCGGUGUCGUGUUUAACCCGAGCGUUGCGCUCCUUGAGCCUUUCUCGGCCCGUUCUGGUCUCCUCGCAGGCGGCCCCUCAGCCGAAGCUGGGCGCCUUGGUGUCCAGCGGCGCCGGCCAGUGGCGAGGCUUCCUGACCACAGCCUCCCUGGAGCAGAACAGAACCUACUGGAAGCAGAGGGAGAAGUACAGCAUCCGGCCAAUGGGGAUGAAGAAAACUGGAGGCCGAGAUCACACAGGAAGAGUUCGAACGCACGGCAUCGGCGGCGGCCACAAACAGAAGUACCGGAUGAUAGACUUCCAGCGACUGCGCUACGAAGCCCCCGAUGGGGGCCGGCCUUUCGAGGAGAAGGUGGUGGAGGUCCGGUACGACCCCUGCAGGUCGGCUGACAUCGCCCUGGUGGCAGGAGGCAACAGGAAGCGCUGGAUCAUCGCCACGGAAACCAUGCAGGCGGGAAACAUCAUUAAAACUUCGGGGGUCAUCGGGAGGAUGGCAGUGUCGGCCAAUGAGGGGGAUGCGUACCCGCUGGGGGCUCUUCCUGUGGGGACGCUGGUCAACAACCUGGAGGUCCAACCAGGGAGGGGGGCAGAAUACAUACGUGCUGCAGGAACCAGCGGCGUUUUGCUGCGGAAGGUGAACGGCACGGCGAUCGUCCAGCUUCCGUCAAAGCAGCAGGUUCAGGUGUUGGAGACCUGCAUGGUGACGGUGGGACGCGUGUCCAACGUCGACCACAACAAACGGGUCAUCGGUAAAGCCGGGCGCAACCGCUGGCUGGGCAUCCGACCCUCCAGCGGCCUGUGGCAGAGGAAGGGGGGCUGGGCGGGACGGAAGAUUAAACCGCUGCCCCCCAUGAAGAGUUACGUCAACCGGCCCUCGAUCUCUGCUGCUUAACCCCUGAACCUGCAAUAAAACGGAACGCAAAGACCAGUUCUGUGUACAGAAGAUUAAAAAUUUUAUUUAACACAAA